AUGGAAACCAACACCACCACCCUUGCGGAUUACCUCUUCACCCGCCUGCGCCAGUUAGGCGUCGAUUCCAUCUUCGGCUUGCCGGGCGAUUACAAUCUCAACCUCCUGGACUAUGUCGAGCCCGCCAAGCUGCACUGGAUCGGAAACUGCAACGAGCUGAACGCCGGAUAUGCUGCCGAUGGAUAUGCCCGGAUAAAAGGACUCGGAGCGCUGGUCACCACCUUCGGUGUGGGAGAACUCUCCGCGAUCAACGCGAUCGCCGGUGCCUACGCCGAACGAGCCCCCGUCGUCCACGUCGUCGGCACCCCCGUCCGCGACUCGCAGGACUCGCGCGCCCUCAUCCACCACACCUUCAACGAUGGCGAGUACCAGCGCUUCGACCGCAUGUACGAGCACGUCACCGUCGCGCAGACCAUGAUCUCGGACCUCCGCUCCGCCCCCGCCGAGAUCGACCGCGUGCUGCUGCAGUGUCUGGUGCACAGUCGGCCCGUGCGCAUCGCCAUCCCCGACGACAUGGUCGCCCUGCGCGUGCCGACGCGAAGCCUCGACACCAAGAUCAGUAUCCCGCUGCCGGCGCGGCAGCCCAAGGUCGAGGAGGAGGCGCUCGCCGUCAUCCUCGACCGCAUCUACAAUGCCAAGCGCCCGAUGAUCCUGGUCGACGGCGAAUCGCGACAGUCGCGGACCCUCGACGAGGUCGAGCACCUGGUCCGGUCGACCGAGUGGCCGACCUUCACGACGGGCUUCGGCAAGAGUCUCAUCGACGAGUCCUUGCCCAACGUCUACGGCGUCUUCACCCCGGCACACAAGCCGUUCGUCGAGUCCUGCGACCUGGUCCUUCACUUCGGCCCGCACCACAGCAACACAAACACCUACAUCUUCCAGACCAUCCCUCCAGCAGCUACAACAGUCGCCUUCACGGCGACGACCGUUCAAAUCGACAAGCAAAUCUUCCGGGACCUCCCCGCGAAGCUCUUCCUCCCCCAACUCAUCGCCCAGCUCGACAGCGCCAAAAUCCCCCCCCACAAGCCCGACCUUCCGCACCCGACAACCACCUUCGCCGCGCCCUCCGGCCUCCCCGCAACCGAAAAAGUAAACAACGCCAGCUUCUGGAAAAAGCUCAACCCCUUCUUCCGCGAAGGCGACAUCAUCCUCGCCGAAACCGGCACCGCCGGCUACGGCGCCAACGAGUUCGUCCUGCCCCCGCGCACCCGCCUCUUCAAACCCGUCACCUGGCUCUCCAUCGGCUACAUGCUGCCCGCCGCGUUGGGCGCGAGCCUCGCCCAACGCGAUCGCGCCUCGCACGGCGCCAAACCGGGACGAACAGUCCUCCUCAUCGGCGACGGCAGCUUCCAACUCACAGCGCAAGAACUCGCAACCAUAAUCCACCACAAGCUCGACGUCGUCGUCUUCCUGAUCAACAACGCGGGCUACACCAUCGAGCGAUGUAUCCACGGCCACGACGCGCGGUACAACGACAUCACCCCCUGGCGGUAUCUCAAGGCGCUGGAGCUAUUCGGGGCUCCGACCGAGGGGGAGUACGCGGCGCACGCGUGGACGGUGCGCACAUGGGCGGACCUUGAGGGGAUGUUGGCUGAUGAGCGGAUGGCGAAGGGGAAGGGCGUGCGGAUGGUGGAGGUUUGCAUGGAGAUGUUGGAUGCGCCGAGGGUGUUGUUGAAUUUGUUGGAGAAGCAGUUUCCGGAGAAGAAUGAGGCGUGA